CCACGGCAUGGCCGCCGGCGUCCUGGGGAUGGCGCCCGCGCCCCUGGCCGCGCUGCGCUCCUUUGUGGCCACGCAGCAGCAGCAACAGCAGCAACAGCAGCACCAGCAGCAGCAGCAGCAACAACAGCAGCAGCAGGCGUCGGCGUCGGCCGGCAGAGGCGUGCCUCGCAUGAAGGUGACCCUGAACUACGAGCUGUCGCCGUCGUCGUCGGGGUCGUCGCCUCAACAGGCCGGAGACUGCUCGGGGUCGGACUUCUCGCUGGCGUCGAGUCAAAAGCGGAAAGCUGACGAAGGAGAACCCAACAAGGACUUAAAAAAGGCCAAGCUGGAGACCAAGGCCCUGAAGGCGAAGCGACCCGGCUUCACGGACGACCGCUACAACGAGACGUCGUACUACAUCGAGAACGGGCUGCGGAAAGUCUACCCGUACUACUUCACCUUCACCACGUUUACCAAGGGCCGCUGGGUCGGCGAGAAGAUCCUGGACGUGUUCGCCAGGGAGUUCCGGGCGCACCCCGCGGAGGAAUAUGAGCGGUGCAUCAAGGGUGGCACCUUGACCGUCAACUACGAGAAGGUGGACGUCGACUACAAGCUCAAGCACAACGACCUCCUGGCCAACAUCGUCCACAGGCACGAGACUCCUGUGUUGGCUAAGCGCAUUCGCCUGGUACAUGUAGACGAGGACAUUGUGGCCCUGGACAAGCCGUGCUCUCUACCGGUGCACCCGUGCGGCCGCUACCGCCACAACACCGUGGUCUUCAUCCUGGCCAAGGAGUACAACCUGAAGAACCUGCGCACCAUCCACCGGCUGGACCGGCUGACUAGCGGGCUGCUGCUGUUCGGACGCUCCCCCAAGAAGGCGCGCCAGAUGGAGCACCAGAUCCGGAACCGGCAGGUGGCCAAGGAGUACGUCUGCCGCGUGGAGGGCGACUUUCCCGACGAGGAGAUCACCUGCACGGAGCCCAUCGAGGUCGUGUCCUACAAGAUCGGCGUGUGCAAGGUGUCGGCCCGGGGCAAGGAGUGCGCCACCACGUUCAAGAAGCUCGGCUUCAACCAGAGGACCAACACGAGCGUCGUGCUGUGCAAGCCGCACACCGGCCGCAUGCACCAGAUCAGAGUGCACCUGCAGUUCCUAGGUUUCCCGGUGGUGAACGACCCGCUGUACAACCACGUGGUGUUCGGGCCCAACAAGGGCAAGGGCGGCCUGAUCGGCAAGGCGGACGACGAGCUGAUCCGCGACCUGGUCAACAUCCACAACGCCGAGAACUGGCUCGGCAUGGACGGCGACUCGGACCUGUCCAUGUUCAAGCCGCUGGCCCGCGACCUGGAGGAGGACAAGGGUGACGACGACGACGGGGACGUGAGCCGAGAGCCGUCGCCGUGCGGCUCCUGCGAGGACAACUCCGGGCCCGCCUGCAUGUCUCCCGGCCUGCACAACAACAACAACAACACUAGCGCCCUGAACAACAACAGCAGCAACAACAGCCACGCUGCCAUGGCCAGCCUGCCCUCCGCGGGGGUGUCCUCCGGCCUGGUCGGCACUGGUGCCAACAACCACCACCACCACAACAACAACAACAACAACAAGGUGACGGUCGCCACGCAGACGGGCCACGAGUGCCCCGACCUGGCCUUCCAGCAGGACAAGAUGAGCCACGACCCGCACUGCUACGAGUGCAAAGUGCGCUACCGAGACCCCAAGCCCAGGGACCUCAUCAUGUACCUGCACGCCUGGAAGUUCAGAGGACCUGACUGGUCUUACGAGACGGAGCUGCCGGACUGGUCAAAAGUCGACUGGUGCGAACCAGAUGACUAGACACAUAUUUUGGCCGAAUAAAAUCACGAGAUCAAUGCUUGAUCUCAUGAUGUUAUUGAUGACCAACUUAAUAUUUUGGGAGUCUAUGCUUGGUUGUAAUGAAGCAAGACAACAGAAUAUACCUCUAAAUGCCAUUUUAUCACUGGUACUGGGUAAAGUCUUCGGGUGUUUCAAGCAGCAGAAGACUAUUCUUUCAAUUCUAUUUUUAGUUCAAACCUCGGCCUGUGGCGUGAUAUCAUAAAUUAUUAGAUUAAUGUUGUGUGAGGCAAUUCCCUCUUGUGUUAUCUUUGUAGUAUGUGGUUUGUUCCUUCCGUUUCUUUUUAUCUCUUGAAACGAAAUGUUAGGUAAUUUUAAGUCGUGUUUCAUUUCCCAUCUUUUGCUUUCUAUCUAUCUGCCAUUCCGACAACUCCAUUUCCUUGCUUUUCUAUCCGUCUUCCUAUUAUACCCGGGGUAUCUUCUCUUACUUCUAAUGUAAUUUUAUAUCUCUCUAUUGUUUAAGGAAUGAUGAGAAUUUUUGUGCUGUGAAACCAGUACUUGCAUAAAGUUAGAGAAGACUCUUGGUUUUAGUCUAGAUGUGAGCUUCACGGAGCUCUGCACUAUUUGUUUGUUCGGAAAGUGAGUAGCAUUUGUUCAAACAAAUGCACUGCACUUUUUUAAAUGUCAGUUUAUGUACCAAACAAUUCCUUUGAAAAUUGUAUAUAUUGUUGUUUAGGAUUGAAUUAUUGUUUAGGCAUUGCCUAAGUUAUUUGCAAAGCCAUAUUAACUUUUGGAAAUUGCUGAUUUGUUGCACAUAAGAGCUUUGUAAACAGCUCGUAGAAAGUUCUAACUUAAUACAAUGUGUAUUUUCAGGGAUGUUUGGGGGGAAUGAAUUUUUGAGUCUAGCUCUAAGUGUCUUGUUUCAUAGAGUAAGUGUGAAUGUGAAAGUUUCAUUUAAAUUUUAUGUGAUGAACAGAUUCAGACCAAAGGGUGAUGUGAAGGUUCAUGAUUCAGCCAUCUACCUACAUUGUAUUUUUGUAAUUGCUAUUUUUUAAUAAUACUGUGAUGACUUGAGGGGAAAUUUCUGCUAGCUAAUGGUCAGACAUAAGCUUGCCCCUUUUUCAUGUUGGUAGUCUGUAGAUGCCUGCCACAUGAGUGUCCGACCAAUCAUGUUGUAAAUGACAUUUAAAUUACCAUAUGGCCCAUUGUACAGAAAAUUGUCUUCAUCACAAGGGAAGUGAGAACAAAAUAUUGUAUCAUCUCAAUUACAUGGAGUCCUGAGAUCAACAAUACAGGGUGUCCCAAUCACCUCUGUCAAAGGGUGAGUGGGACGUGCCAAAAAUUUCACACGUCUUUCUUUCUUUUUCACAGAAAUUGUACCAAUGCUUUGCAGAAUGAAUUUUCUUCCUAAAAGUUUCCAGAUUACUCCUAGACUAUUCCCUUAGUUAUUUUAAAAAAUAGCCUGCAUUGAAUGAUGUUGUAGAGAUGUACAAUGAAUUUUAAAACUCGUAGAAAUUUGAGUGAUGUGUCAAUGCAUCAAAGGUAGAUUGACUGUACAGGGUUUUAUAGUUAAUCAGGUAACUAUGAUGUUGUUAAGUAGGGAGCCCAAGGCCUGCAGGUGCAUAAAUCUGAAACUAUGUCUAAUUAACGCCAGUGCACUCAGAGAACAAUUCAAGUGUUUUUUGUUGUAUUUAUUUUUAAAUCCAUAAAGAAAGCCUGCUCUCCUUCCUUUUCAAAUGAUGCUUGUUUCAGACGAAUUGUCAAAUAUCUAAGUUAAUUAAGGUAAAAUCUUAAAAAAAACUGUUAGUAUUUUUCAGCAAAAUUUUGCUUUAUAUGAAAAGAUAGCUGAAAAAUCAUCAUGUACAUAAAUUUAAUUCAUGUUUUGUACCUACAUGUAGAAGACAAAAUUUAACCAAAUGAGGAAUUAACUUUUAUUAUGAAAGCAAAGCUUCAAUCAUAAAUUAUUUUUUUCAUAUAACAUUUGGCUUCUUAUAGAUACUGAGUAUCAAAAAAUAUCUCUGAAAUUUAAGUGUAUUGAAAUUAGAUGAUAUGUCUAUUUUAAAAUGUUUUAGCAUAGUUGUUACGCCAGGGUGAUUUUCUUUUAGUGAAAGAUUAGCUAUAAUUUGUGUGACUGUGUGUGAUUUAGAUGUCAGUAAGUGAGAGAGUGAGUAUGAAUGUGAGUGAGUUGUAUCUAUGGACUCAGUAUAGCAGCACUAGGCUGAGAUCAGCCUCCUCUCUUGACAAAAUUAAAAGUGGAAUCUUUUUAUUUUGCAGUAAAAAAGGGUUCAUUAUGAGGCAAGUCAACACUAAGUGAAAAAAAAAUGUUCUAUCUGUACUGAAAUAAACCUCAUUAAAACUCAUUCUUUCACUUUCAUUUACUAAGAAACUACUGCAAGUCAGCAGAGCUUGAUUUCUACAGUAGAUAUUAUGAAUCUACCAACAUGGACUGCAUCUAAGACAGGGUGUCUAAUAUUUUUCAGAUCUAUUGUGAGAGUGGCAAUUUUAAUUGUCCUGCACUAAGUGCUGCUUUGAUGUGUCAUUAUUUUGUAAGAGGAUGGAAAGGUUUCAUAGUAUUCAGUAACCCAGAUGGUCUUUUGUAAGUCGGUUACAGAAACUGCUGUAUUCUGGAAUCUUGCCAAUGGAUGCUAUCGUUGCAUCAUUUAAAAGUCUUUCCAUCCUGGAUUGAUCAUAUCCUUAUGACUUCCCGAUACCAUAAAAUAUAUGUUCAUAAAGUGGAAUAAAUUGAUGUAUUUGUCAGAGUAUUAGACUCUUGACUGAUUCAUUUGCAUGCGGACAAUCUCCAUUGGCUGCCUCGUUGCAGUACAGGAUUCUGCUCUUAUUUAGACAGACAUUAGCCAUGAGCAUCACUUUUUAUGAUUUUGUGCAGUCAUUUAGACAUGAAAUUAGGCCACAGUUAACAAGUAACAUAAAGGUCCAGAUGAAUGUGCAUCAUAUUUUUGUUACAGUAGAUCAACAAUAUUCCUUUAAUUGAAGAGAGGUUGUGAAUAAAUACCGUAAUGAUUGAUGUGUUUCAAAUUGAAUGCAUUCCAGCAAACUAUAACAUCAUUAACAAAAUGUCUGUGUUGGAUUUAGAUUUAUUCAGCUAGCUGAAGGUAGAGUGAAUUUGGAUUCUGUAGAUAAAUCAAUCAUGUGUAGGUUUGCCAAGUUUUCAGUAAGCAGAACUUCUUAGUCCUGGUUUGCUUCUUUGCCAGCUUAUGAGCACAUGCAACUCACAAUUUCUUCUUAAAUUUCAGGGUAUGUUUCGAAUUGAUAUCAUCUAGAUAGUUAUACUUGUCAUCUGAAAGGAAAACAGUCUUGUCUGCUGCUUAAUUUUUUUUUGUCAAAUAUUGUGUGGUCACCUGUUUUUGUUUUUCCCCUGCAAAACGGAAGUGCAAUUUUGCUUUCGAGCAAAGAAAGAACCCCUUACUUUCAUUUAAGGUGAUGAGUGCUACGCUUUAAAACACUCCUCCACAACCCCUUGCGCAAGUCCUAUUUGAUGCCAAGAUGUGAUGCAGUUUCUUUGUAAGAAACGCUAGUGAUAUUAUCGACAAUGAUUCACAUCCCAUUUUUUAAUGUUGUUGUAAUUAUAACUAUUAUAAUUGUCAUUAUUAUUAUUAUAAAUAUUAUUACUAUUGCUUAUAAUUGUUUUGGUGAGUGCUCUGAACAGAUGUUACUGUAUUUGUUCUCUCUUUUUUUAACGAUUGAGUACUUAUUUUUAAAGCAGUUGCUGUAAUAGUGGAAAGAAAAGCAGGUUACUUCAGCAAUACUUCAGUUGUUUCCUGAAUACAUACUCAUGGUUAGAUAUGUUGAUUCAAACUGGUAGAUUUAUUUAUUUAUUUUGUGGAGGCCCUGUUAGACCAACUCCUCUACUUUUCCCUGUGCAGUAAUUUUUAAAAAUUUCACAUAUCAGUGAAUGUUAGAUGCAAACUGUCAUCAGUAUUGAUAAGGUCUUUUGGUGUUUGUUUUACCUUUCCCCACAAAACAAAUUUUAAUUGAGUCCUACUUUUUUUCUAUCCAAGAUCUGUAGUUAUUAGACUUGUCCAAUGGGAACAUUCAGUUUGCAAAUUUGAUACUGAACAGUGGCGAAGUGGCUUCUUUCUUUUGCUGGUCUGUGACUGCAGUCACACCUGAAGCUCGUCAUUUAGCAGAUGCUAUUCUCAGUUGUGUAUACAAUGGUGUGUACAAAAUCUAAGUUGAUCAAAGCAAAGCAACAUGCAUCCCUAAAUUUUUGGGAUGGUGCAAACAACAGAUGUGAUACUAAGAUGAUGCAUUGUUUAUAAGAGCCUGAUUGGAUAAUUCUGCUGAGACAAUUUUAAUUGAAUCUUAAAUAUUAAAAUAUAAAUUUAAGUAACAGGUUUAAUGAGCUGUAAGUGAUCAUGUUGUAUAGUUACAUUUUAAUAAAGGAAAUGAAAGUUA